AUGAAUUUCUUCUCCGCUGUGGCCUCGGCCAUAUCCCAAGGGUCCCCCUUACCCUACAACAUUGGCGACAAGGUCGAUGUUGACCAGUCCAUCUGGACCCUGAACAAUGGCACAAAGAGGGAAGACGGAUCCAGCUGCAGUGUUUUCUCCUUCGACAUAGCCGCCAACAAGUCUCGACUACCCCUCGCGAAGAACGCCCUGCGCAAGCUGCGGACGCUCCGACAUCCUGGAGUGAUUAAAGUUCUAGACACUGUCGAAACCGAGACCCAUAUCUACAUUGCGACCGAGAGGGUCGUGCCCCUGAGGUGGCAUAUCAGGAGAAAAAGCCUGAGUCCCGAGGCUAUCAAAUGGGGUCUGCACAGUGUUGCCCGGACGGUCAAGUUCAUAAACGACGAGGCAACCUCGAUUCACGGCAAUAUCAAGGCUGGCUCUGUGUAUACAUCCGAGAGUGGAGAAUGGAAGCUGGGCGGCUUCGAAGUCUUGAGCAGCGUGAAAGAUGACGAAGCAGUUAUCUAUACAUACGGAAGCCUCGUCCCCGACUCAGGACGGUACACGCCUCCCGAACUGGCCCGUAGUGGGUGGGACGCGAUAAAGAAGAGUCCUCACUCGGCAGUUGACUCGUAUGGUCUUGGCUGCCUCGUCUUCGAGGCUUUCAAUGGCGACUUUCAAGGCUCCGAUCAGGCGGGCCAGACGAAGAACAUCCCGCCCACGAUGCACGCAAGCUACAAGCGACUUGUGAAUCCAAACCCCAAAGCACGCCUGAGUGCUGCGCACUUCUUAGACCAAGGGUCUCGUACGGGCUCAUUCUUUGACAGUCCCCUCAUCAAGUUGACGGAGGGUAUCGACAACAUGGGAGUCAUGUCCGAGCCUGAACGAGAAUCUUUCAUCGAUGGCUUCGAACAAAUCACCGACGAUCUCCCGGAGGACUUCAUCAAAAUGAAGGCGUUGCCUGAGAUGCUCAAAUCCGUUGAGUUUGGCGGCGGUGGACCCAAGGCCCUCGGUGUGGUUAUGAAAAUCACGGGGAAACUGUCCGGAGAAGACUUCGACUCCAGGAUCACUCCGGUUGUCAUCCGCUUAUUUGGAAACCCGGACCGAGCAAUUCGGGUGUGCCUCCUCGACAGUCUGCCCUUGAUGAUCGACCGUCUGUCACAAAAAAUCGUCAACGACAAGAUCUUCCCGCAACUGGUGACAGGCUUUGCAGAUGCAGCCCCUAUAGUCAGGGAACAGACUCUCAAGUCUGUGCUUGUCAUCAUUUCGAAAUUGUCGGAUCGAACUAUCAAUGGCGAGCUGCUACGGUACCUAGCCAAGACGGCGAAUGACGAACAACCGGGCAUUCGAACCAACACGACCAUCUGCCUCGGCAAGAUCGCGAAGAACCUGGGUGUUUCGUCAAGAGCAAAGGUGCUGAUUGCAGCCUUUACUCGUUCUCUUCGCGAUCCCUUUGUACACGGCCGAAAUGCUGCUCUCAUGGCACUGGGCGCAACAAGCGAGCACUUUUCCGACGAAGACUGCGCGACGCGAAUCUUACCUGCCAUCUGCCCGCUGCUGAUGGACAAGGAAAAGCUGGUGCGUGAUCAGGCGAACAAGAGCAUAGAUGUCUACUUGCAGAAGAUUCGCAAGGCAGCCGCGGCCAUGCCCGAGUCUGUACUGCCCCCUCCGGCGGCUGCCGAGGCUGCAGCAGGCCCAAGAAUGAGCACCCCUCAGCCCAGCGAGGGCUCCUCAUGGACUGGGUGGGCUAUUUCCUCAUUCACCAACAAAAUGUCUGCGGCUGCAGGUGAGAUGCAGACGAACGAUCACGGCACGACGUCUGGAACGACGACACCGCGAGUGGCCUCGUCUCCUGGCCUGGAAACCAAAAAGACGGGAUCGACCGCGUCCACACUUCACAGACAGGCCGUUACUUCUCCGCCACCCACAUCAUCCCGGGCAACACCUCAGCCGGCUGCAGACUCCUUUUUCCAAGAUAUUGAUGGUGCUGGUGAAGACGAUGCAUGGGGAGAAAUGCAUGACGAUGACACGUAUUUCGACGCACCCAGCGCCAAAUCUGCAGCGUCCAAGCCCACGACGGCCAGCUCGACGCCAUUUGACGACGGAUCAGAGCCUGAUUUCGCCGGCUGGCUGGCUGCUCAAAAUCAGAAGAAGAGUGGGCCCUCCAAGCCGUUGCCGAAAGGACUCACCAAGUCGACAUCAGCUGUGGCGAAGAAGCCUGCUGCCACCAAGCCAACUGCGAAGCCAGCAGCGAAGCCGGUAGUUGCCAAGAAGAUUGACAUGAAGCCUAAGGAAACGGGUGACGAUGACGGUUGGGGUGACGGAUGGUAA